GUUCUCUUGUUAAUCUGAGGCGAUUAUUUUCUUUAUUUUUAUUAUUAUUGUUAUUCGUCCUCUUCUUUCAAUAGCACAUUAAAAUAUAUAUAUAUAUAAAAGUGUAUAUAUAUAUAUAUAUAUAAAUAAAAUAUGAAUUCUGAGUUUGAUGAUGUAUUGACCAACCAACCUGUCGUUAUUGACAAUGGAUCUGGUGUAAUCAAGGCAGGCUUUGCCGGUGAGGAGCAACCAAAGUGUUUUUUCCCGUCUUUCGUCGGACACCCGAAACAUGUUCGUAUCAUGGCAGGUGCUGUCGAAGGUGACACAUUCAUUGGUCGCAAAGCUCAGGAACUACGCGGUCUGUUGAAGAUCAAGUACCCUAUUGAACACGGCAUUGUGACAGACUGGGAAGAUAUGGAAAGCAUUUGGCAAUAUAUCUACACCGACGAACUCAAGACGUUAUCUGAAGAGCAUCCUGUUUUAUUGACAGAAGCUCCCCUGAAUCCCCGUGCAAACCGAGACACGGCUGCUCAGAUAUUCUUUGAUACUUUCAACGUGCCAGCUCUUUUUACAUCCAUUCAGGCAGUGCUGAGUUUGUACUCUUCUGGACGUACAACUGGUAUCGUGCUUGAUUCUGGUGACGGUGUUACUCAUGCCGUACCUGUUUACGAGGGAUUUGCUAUUCCCCAUGCUAUCAGACGUAUCGACAUUGCAGGAAGAGAUGUGACAGAAUACCUUCAAUUGCUGUUGCGUAAAUCAGGUUACAACUUCCACACCACUGCAGAGAAGGAAGUUGUGCGAAUCAUUAAAGAAAAGACAUGUUAUAUUGCACUUAAUCCAGUCAAGGAAGAGAAGGAGACCAGUGGAAAGAUGGAUGAUUUCCAAUUGCCAGACGGUAACAUUAUUAAAUUGGGUGCUGAAAGAUUCAGAGCCCCAGAGAUUCUUUUCCAGCCAGAGUUGAUUGGUGAGGAAUACCCAGGUAUCCACCAAGUGAUUGUGGAUUGUAUUAGCCGUGCCGAUCUGGAUCUGAGAAAGUCUUUGUACUCUAAUGUUGUUCUUUCUGGUGGAUCUACCUUGUGCAAAGGCUUUGGUGAGAGGUUGCUGUCUGAGAUCAAGCGACUUGCACUCAAGGACAGUAAGAUCAAGAUUUAUGCUCCUCCUGAGCGCAAAUACUCUACUUGGAUUGGUGGUUCCAUUCUUGCUUCCCUCAGUACUUUUAAAAAGAUGUGGGUGUCUGCAGAAGAAUACCAAGAAGACCCAGAUAUCAUUCACAAAAAGACUUUUUAGAAACCUUUAUUCCCAGCUUUUUUUUUCUAGCUCAUAACUUCCUCUCUUAUUCACCAACCAAAUCACCACACCUUUUUUUUCCCCCAAAUCCUUUCUCCCCUUUUUUUUCACUUCUUUAUCUUUCUUCUUCUAUCUUCUUUUUUUUGAAAGUCUUUUUUUUUUAUUAUUUUUAUUUUAUCUUUAAAAAGAAAAACCAGAAAAAAAACACUUCUUGACUUUACUCUUCUUGUCUUUUAUCUUAUUUAUUAUAUUUUAUGAGAGAGAAAAAACAUACGAAAAAAUAAAAGAAGGAGAAGAAAAGG